AUGCACCUGAUCAAGGCCAGCAGAAGACCAGCACCUCAUUCACAUGACACAGAUCAAGCAGCACUAUCUACGAUUGCGGAGCAAUUCAACGGAGGUAACCACCAACAGUUUGCUACCGCAACUUCCAACCUCCUGAAGCAAUGUGAGGCGCAGCCAAGCAAGUGCACUGGGUUCAGCGCUCCAGGGGUUGAAGUCAAGACUCAAGAAGCUGCUACAGCUGCUACAACCAACAGCGAAGAUCCAGCGGUAGUGGAGCUCUUGGAUGAGGCCGAUUGUCCUGGACACGGUCAUGACCAAUCUUAUCCUUCGCCAUCUUUUGGCCCUACUCCAUUGUCACCCGCUACCUCUACCUUGAAAAAACUCAGCGACAUCAACCACGUUCUAGUUGGUCGCAUCAACAACCUCGAAGAACAUAUUGCUCGCAUUGAAGAACCAGGGCUCUCGUUUGCAGAGCGCCUUAAUAAUAUCUACGAGGCAGAUCUUCAGGAACAAAGGAACCUUAUUACCAAUCUUGAAGCCCAUAACCGCAACCUUGCUCUUACCAUUGAAGAGCAAGAACGACUUAUUGAGGAAAGGGACCGCCUUCUUGUUGAAAAGGAGCUUGAGCUAGAUAACUUCCACUGCUCUAUUCAGGAUAUCACCCAAGACGGAAAGGGUCGAAUCCAUUAUUACAAAGAAUAUGAGUUUUUCGCAGUCUCAUAUGACAAUGCCUGGCUUGGGCGCAAUGGGAGAGACUAA